AUGUGCGGAGAAAGAGCGGCAGUUGACGAAGAAGUUACUGAUUCAUGGGUGACGGACGUGUUGCAUUCAGUUCUUGCAAGGUACAAUCCUAGAGACGUUUUCAAUGCUGACGAAACUGGUUUGUUUUGGAGACUUUUGCCAGACAAGACGCUUGCAUUUGAACAUGAGAAAUGUUAUGGUGGCAAGAAAUCAAAGGAGAGACUAACAGCAAUGGUGUGCACCAAUAUCGAUGGGUCAGAAAAAUGGCCAUUACUGGUGAUUGCCAACAAACGAGCAUGGAUGACUGGUAAACUGUUUAUCAAGUGGAUGAGGUCAUUUGAUGCAGCAAUGGCCAAAGCCAAGCGUAAGGUGUUGCUGGUGGUUGAUAAUUGUACUGCUCAUAGCCAUGUGGCUGGUCUCAAAGCUACAGAGCUUCUGUUUCUUCCUCCUAACGCUACUGCCAAGCUUCAACCUUGUGACUGUGGAAUAAUAAAGAAUUUAAAGACUCACUACAGAUCUCUCAUGCUUUGA